UAUCGUCGGCAUCCAUUCGUAUCGAGAGAUGAACCUCAAUACUAACUACGAUGUUUAAUAUAAUGCAGAUAUUAGGUAAAGUAUGUCGACUGCGGUACUGCGGUAGCAGGAUUUGAUGAAUGAUUUUCCAGUGGCCGGGUAUUCUGAAGUUUAGCCGGAUGGGAGUUGUAAGUGAAAGAAUUCCUCCGCCCAAAACUCCAGCUUCUUCGCGGAAACUAGGUGCCCAAGAACAAGAAUCAUCUGAUUCCGAGAGUUAUGAAUUUUAGGAAAAAGUAAAAGGCUAUCAGCUUGUUUCUAUAGACAGUUUGUUGAGGUUUGUUCGAAGGAUUCAAUCGCGUGGACCAAGUGCUUCAGGCAAUGUUAAUCUCAUUGAGAGAAGCAUUGAGAGAUUUGGCAUCAGCAGCUCUUUGUUUGCUAAGUGCCAUGAGUGUGGCAUGGAGGAAUUUAUGGCUACAGGAGAGCAUGAUGGUGAUCAAGAGACCCCGAGAACCAUCCGGGGUAAAGAUAUCAAUAGACGAAUAGUUUAUGCUGCUUUUGAGAUGGGAAAUGGUAGAGAAGGGGUCGCUAAGCUAUGUGGAAUCCUAAACAUGCCAUUCAACAUUUCCAUAGACACUUGGUAUAACCAUGAGGAAAUUCUUCAUGCUGCACACGACAAAGUCACCAAGGAGCAGCUUAAAGCCAAUGAGAAUGAAGCAAAACAAGUCGCAAUAGAUGGAGGAACCUCAAGAAAUGAUAACAGUUUUCUCUUGUUGAUAUCCGUCACCUUUGAUUGCACUUGGUCAAAGAGGAGUAUUACUGCUAAUCAUUGUGCUGGCUUAGCCUGCAAAGACAAGCCUCAUCAUCUGGAUGCUGUCUUCAAAGAGCCAUUGCUAAAGAUUUAUGAAAGAUUAAGUGAGUCAGCAUUGUUGCAAAGGCCUGUUUGCCUGGCUACACACAAUACCAAUGACUCUAUCAAUUCUCUUGUCUGGAAAGUGUCCAAAGCACAAGUGGCAUGGAUCAAAGAGAAUAGGGAUGGUGGCAAAUGCUGCUGCCCUUCAUUUUAGUUGCGGCGCAACUAAGAAACACAGUGUUAUGAGGGAAGCAGGGCUUGUUGUGGGACACCAUACCAACAGAGCUAGUGAAAGAAGAGACUCAGGAAGAGUAAAACAGGCUGUGGCAAGAGUGCAAGAAAAGCACAAGAAAUAUAGGCUUGCAAGGAAACAAGCAAGAGUGAAAGAAGAAGAACUCCGAGUCAGGAGAGAAGGAAUGACAUAUGAAGCAGGCAGUUUUAAUGACAUUGCUACUCUCAGAGAGCCUCAAUAGAUAAAAAGGAACAACUAGAGACAGUUAGGAUAGGUGUGAGCAGUGUAUCAAUGUAAAUUUGUAAAUUUAUGUAAGUCAAGGGGCUCUAAGUAGCAUCUAACUAUAUUGGUCAUUUUUAACUUGCAUUUCUCAAAUUAUGGAAAUUUUGUUGUUUUCGUACUUACCCCUUAAAUAUCUUAAGAACAUUUCAACAUAUUUUCACCAUAUUUUGCACAGUUAUAAUAGAUAUUAUGGUUAACAAAUUAAUUGAGCCUUUUUUGAAAAUUCCACAUAAAACAGAAAUUACAGUCUGAUAAAUAUUCUCUGUCGACAAAUGGUUGCCAUGGUAACUACAGUUGGCAAAGCCCCAAAGGCUCAAUUACUUUGUAGAGUGUGUUGUGUAAGUGCUUUGUACUAAGUUACAGCUCUAUAGCUCUUUUAGAACACAAGAAUUUCAAGGGGAAGCUAGAACAAGUAAAAAAUUGUCUCCGGAAUUCAUUAGUUAAUAAUCAACUUCAUUAAAGAUUCUGGUGUCUAUUGA